GAAAGGGCUGGACCUCCGAAGGAAGGAAGGAAGGAAGGAAGGAGACAGGGAGGCAGGAGGAGGAGGAAGAGCCCACCGCCCUCUCUCUCUCUCUCUCUCUCUUUCCAGUGCACACACGAACGCCUGGUCUCCGUGUCCGUGUCUCUCUUGCAGGGUCCCGAGCAUGACGCCCCCGGUGCAGGUGGUGGCCCUGUGGGGCCGGGCGCCCCCCGCGCACAGCAUCACGGCGGUCCUGGUGGCCGAAGACCAGCACACCUUGCUCACGGGCAGCCGGGAGGGGCAGCUGGGCCUCUGGGACCUCUCCCUGGACCUCAAGGUGGGCCGAGAAGGGAACGCAUGGCAUAUGCUCAGAGCAGGGGAGCGCACAACACCCAUGCGCCUGCUCUCACACUACACAGGCCGGUUGUAUUUAUUUCGAAGCCGAAGGGCGAGAGUCUUGGUUUGGUGUUUGCAGAGAGCGGCUGGCAUGCCUUGGAUGGUCUUCCUCCUCUUCCAGGUCUCGUCCAGGCAGCUGCUCUUCGGCCACGCGGCCCCCGUGACCUGCUUGGCCAAGGCCAGGGAUUUUGAGAAGCAGCCCUUCGUGGUCAGCGCUGCCGAGGACGGGGAAAUGUGUGUUUGGGACGUCUCCCGCGGGGAAUGCGUGGAGGAGGCCCGGCUCCCCUUCCGGCACUCGGCCAUCUGCUAUUACCACAGCUCCUUCCGGAUGCCCGGCGAGGGCUGGCUCCUCUGCUGUGGUCACUACGACGGCAUCCUGGUCUUGGACGCCGGGACGCUGGACGUGCUGCACACCUUGACCACUUCCCAGGCCCCCGACUGGGUCAGCUGCAUGUGCCUGGCCCACUCCCCCAGGAUACAGGAGGAUUCUCUCAUCGCCGUCUCAUCCACGGGGACCCUGAGCGCCUGGGAUCUCUCCUCUUCGAUCAGCAGGAUCCAGGACGGUCAGAGGGUCGUCGAGAGGGAGUCCAGGGCGCUCGGCCAGGCUCCCUGCCGCGCCAUCCGCUUCUGCCCCUUCACCGAGCGGCUGCUCCUGGCCAUCUUCUCCUCCUGCUGGAAGGUGUACGACUACUGCGACUUCUCCUUGCUGUGGACGGAGCCCAGCCCCCCGGGAGGCGCCUUUGCGGGCGGAGAGGUCCUGGCCGCUUACCGCCUGAUCGUCUGGACGGAGGACGGACGCGGCUUCAUCUACCAGCUGAUGAAUAGCGGCCUUUCGCAGAGCGUCCAGAAUCAGUCCGGCGGCGGCAGAGGAGUCCUCAAGGAGACGCUGCGCCCGCUACUGCUCUGUUCCACCGACGGGGAGGAUCACAAGAGUUCCUCUUGCGUCAUGGGCUUCAUGAACCAGAGGAAAGAGCCCUUUUAUAAGAUCCUGUGCUCCGGAGACGUUUCCGGGAGAGUGGCGCUGUGGCACAUCCCCGACGUCCCCGUUUCCACGCUGGACGGCUCCCCCAAAGAGAUCCCCAGAGCAUCCUCUUGCGACCUGUGGGAGGACUUCCUCGCUCACCACCCUCUUGCGGACGGAGGCUUCUGGGGCCGGCUAUGGGGGGCCGACGGGGUCGAGAGGGGCCCCGCCCCAGUGGUGUCCUCCUCCCUGUACAUCCCCAGCCUGGACACACUUGUCUGGGGCUGCGAGGACGGAAGUGUUGUGGUGCUUCCUGCUCUGGCCGUGGCCAAGGCCUCGCUCCUGGAGGAGCCUCUCCCCCCGAAAGAGGCCCUUCCGCGCCGGACACUCUGUGGCCACAGCGCCGCGGUGACCGCCCUGCUGUAUCCGCAUGGCCGCUUGGCCCGCUUCGACCCCAGCUGGCUGCUCUCCGGGAGCCGGGACUCCCGCGUUGCCUGGUGGGACAUGUUCACCGGGGAGCAGCUCCACUGCUUUGCGCUGCACGAGUCGGGCCCUGUCACGGACCUGCUGCUCUCCUCAGAGAACUACAGAUUCCAGGGUCACCGGCUGGUGGGCUGCGUCUGCGGGGAGCGCUCCGUGGCGCUGCUGCUGCUCCAGGAGCGGAGGUGCCUCUUGCAGGCCAGCAAGCACCUCUCCCCCGUGAAGACCCUCCGGUGGCACCCGGCCCAGAGCCUCCUGGCCGUCGGAUGCGAGGACGGCUCCGUCUACGUCUGGGACAUCGAGACAGGAGCCCUGGAGCGCCACGAAAGCGGGGAGAGGGCCAAGGCCAUCCUGGCUUCCUGCGAAGACUCCGUCACGGUGGCCGCCGAGCCUUUGCUUCGGGCCAUCGAAGGAGGUCAGGGCCCGGCCUCCCCGUCCUUCUCCGGCUCCUGCAAAUCCGGCCUCACUCUGCAAGAAGAGCCUUCUUCCAGCCUCUGGACGGCCCCAGCCUGGCCUUGCCAAGGGCCAAUGACCGUCCUGCCGGUGGGGGCUGCCAGAGGGGUCCCGGUGGGCUUCCACCUCCUGCUCUUUGACCUGGAGAGCGCGCUGGAGGGGCUGCAGUCUCCACCACCACACUUCCGGCGUCCGUCCCAGAGCAACAGCGGUCCCUUGAAGAGGGCCAAGACCUCCAUCGGGAAGCGGAGGGCCACGCUGCGUCUGCACAGGGGCCGGGGCUCGGGGCCCCUUUCUGCUUCGGGAGCCGUGGGGACAGAGAGCGCUGUCACGGCAGGACACGGCAGGGGCCACGGCGGGAGCCCCAAGAAGGGCAAGAGUGCCGCGAGGAAGGCCAAGAGGCUGGCCGCGGGGACAGUGGCGGUGGGGCCGGUGUCCGGCGCAGAGGUGGCCCGAUUGUUCCUGUCCUGCCUGCUCCCUUGGGGGUCCGAGGGGGCUCCGGAGGGGAACUCCUUACGGGAAAUGGGCCUCCGGAAGGCGCUCUGCCCGCUGUCCCUCGGCCACCUCUCCAGGGGAGGCCACCUGGCCCUGGACACUCCUCCACGGCGGAGGUCGCAGGACGGGAACCUCUUAUCUGGCCGUGUACCAGACCUGUGCGAGAAGUACCGGAGCGUCGCCCAAAGCAGUGGCCGCGAGGAGCCCCCGGUCCUGGAUUCCUUGAUAAGCCGGAUGUGCUUGGUCCAGAGGCGGCUUUGGAUGCCUUCCGAAAGUAUCAGUCCGCAGAAAACGCAGCCUUCCUCCUCCUCCGCACGUAACAAACGCCGCCCCGGACCCCCGAGCCCUCAACAAGGACUUGCCGAAGGUGUGUUUCCAGGCUCGGACAACCGGCAGGAGGAUCCUUCCCUCCUGAAGCUCAUUUCUUGUUGGCGGGACCAGUCCAUAGAGGCGGUGGAGGCCAUGCAGGCGGUGCUCAUGGCCGAGGUCCACUGGGGCCGGAGGAAGACUCUGGCCAACGGCCACGGCCCCGCGCACGGAGAGGGACACCACGGCGGCCGGGCCGAGAGAAGGAAGAGCCCUGCCCUGACACGGUCCAAGGGUGUCCGCAGUGGCAGCUUCUUCCCCGAGGGCGAGGAGGGGUCCUCAUCCGCAGCAGGGACCGACCCGCGAAGGAAGCCGGACGAGCCGGACUGUGCAGACGAGAAGAAGCCGCUGCCUUGGAUGGCCAAGGUCUGCUCCUGCAAGGUGUGCUGAUGGACCUCCGGAUGCAUCCUCCUCCUUCCAAUUUGUAACACAUAGGCCAACUUGUCAACCAGGGUUAAUUCAAUUAAACAACACAAACUGGGAA